AUGUCAAGGUCCGCUACGCCUGCGCUACCUUUUCAUAAUGCCCAGGCUGCUGGUUCGAGAUCCCCAUCGACUGCGCCUGUAGGAGCGCGGCCGAAUGCUGCACCUUCCGCAUCGACCGCGACCUACUCGCAGCUAGACCCUCAGGAGACCGCAGAUCGCUUACAGACCUCCAUCACUCAUGGUCUCACCCCGACGGAGGCGGAAAUACGUUACUUAAGGGAUGGCCCAAAUGAGCUACCACACGAGGAACCGGAGCCUUUAUGGCUCCGAUUCCUGAAGCAGUUCAAAGAGACCCUAAUCCUUCUCCUUCUCGCCUCUGCAGCGGUUUCCUUCUUUAUGGGGAAUUAUGACGAUGCCGUCAGUAUUGCCUUAGCAGUUACAAUAGUGGUCACGGUUGGGUUUGUUCAGGAAUAUCGGUCAGAAAAGUCCCUGGAAGCUCUUAAUCGUCUAGUUCCACACCAUGCCCACUUGAUACGCGACGUCGCGUCCAAUCUUCCUCCGAUAGUUCACCCAACCCCGGCAGUCCCGGACGAAGAAUUCGAGAUGCGUGAGCUUCGUAACAAGAGUCCGAACUCGAACUCGGUUUCAGCGGCUGUCAAGGCCUCAAGUACCGUGCCAGCCGCUGAGUUAGUGCCAGGGGACCUGGUUUUGUUCACAGUUGGAGACCGUAUUCCCGCCGACAUUAGGAUUACUGCCGCUACGGACCUGACUAUUGAUGAAUCGAACUUGACUGGCGAAAACGAACCUGUUGUGAAAUAUCCCGACGCCAUCCGCAAUCAAAAGAAUCUUUCGACGCCAACCCCCAAAAUCGUGAGCCCACCACGGUCGCCAUUCUAUGACGCCCCUGCCAGCGGUGCUGUCGGUGCGGAUAUACGUCUGAAUGAACAGCACAACAUUGCGUUUAUGGGGACUUUGGUUCGGUCUGGAUAUGGCCAGGGAAUCGUCAUAGGCACGGGUGCAAAGACGGAGUUCGGUAGUAUCUCAGCUUCCCUACAGGAAAUUGAGAGCCCGCGUACGCCGUUACAGUUAUCGAUGGAUCGCUUGGGCCAAGAGCUCAGUUAUAUUUCGUUUGGAGUCAUCGCUUUGAUUGUUGUUGUAGGCUUGAUUCAAGGCCGAAAACUUCUAGACAUGUUCACCAUUGGAGUUUCGCUUGCGGUUGCGGCUAUUCCGGAAGGUCUUCCAAUUAUUGUCACCGUUACUCUCGCGCUCGGUGUACUCCGGAUGGCCUCGAGAGGAGCUAUCAUGCGGCGGCUUCCGAGUGUUGAGACUCUCGGUUCAGUGAAUGUCGUUUGCAGCGAUAAAACCGGAACGCUCACGCUCAACCACAUGACAGUUACUAAAAUGUGGCACUUCGACUGUCCUGAACCAUUUGAGGUACAUAAUGACAUUUCUUCAUUAACCCCUGGACCAGCAGCUCGCACUAUUUUGCGGAUUGGUAACAUUGCCAACAAUGCCCGGCUAUCGCGUGUGCAUGCGAACUCGCCUGCUACCGCGUCCUCUGCUGCGGUGCUAUCUUCCACGGACGAUAGCGCGUCAGGGUCGAUGAAGAGCAGGUGGGUUGGUCAGCCAACUGAUGUUGCUGUUUUGGAUUUACUUGAUGUUCUCGGGGAAGAUGAUGUGCGGGACCGCAUAUGCGCGCGGGUUGCCGAGACUCCGUUCAGCUCCGAACGCAAGUGGAUGGGGGUAAUCAUUGGAAGUGGAACAUCUGGUGAUCCAUCGCCUUUGACGGGAGGACCUAGCAUGGCUUACAUCAAAGGUGCAUUAGAACAGGUAUUGGCGCGUUGUGAUACGUACCUCACAAGGGACGGCCAGGAGGUUAUAUUGGACGAACGGAGGCGCCAGGCUGUGCGCCAAGCCGCGGAGCAUAUGGCGUCCGAAGGGCUGAGGGUCCUAUCCUUUGCGAGUGGUGCCGUGAGGGAGAACAGAGGUAGGGCACUCGGAAGUAGAUCCGGUACCCCCAACUCAAAGGUCAGUUCCGGGGACGAAGAUGAUCGCUACAGCGGCUUGGUCUUUGCAGGGCUGGUAGGCAUGAACGACCCUCCUCGUAAAGAUGUUCACAAGGCAAUUCGCCGUCUUAUGGCUGGCGGCGUACGGCUCAUCAUGAUAACGGGUGAUGCCGAAACCACGGCUGUCGCAAUUGCGAAGAAGCUUGGAAUGCCGAUACCUGAAAAUCCAGGGGUGCAGAAUGUCCUCAACGGACAAGAAAUCGACCGGAUGAGCACUUCGGAGUUGUCUCUGGCUUUAUCGUCGGUUUCGAUUUUUGCGCGUACCAGUCCGGAUCACAAGAUGAAAAUUGUGCGCGCACUUCAGUCCCGAGGCGAUGUUGUCGCCAUGACCGGGGAUGGAGUGAACGACGCACCUGCUUUGAAAAAGGCGGAUAUUGGAAUCGCGAUGGGCAAACUCGGCACCGACGUUGCUAAAGAAGCAGCCGACAUGAUUCUCACAGAUGAUGACUUUUCGACAAUUUUGCGGGCCAUAGAGCAGGGCAAGGGGAUAUUUUACAAUAUCCAGAACUUUAUUACUUUCCAGCUAAGCACGAGUGUUGCUGCUCUGAGUCUUGUUUUGCUGAGCACCACCCUGGGAUUCAAGAACCCGCUAAACGCAAUGCAGAUCCUAUGGAUUAAUAUUCUCAUGGAUGGGCCACCUGCACAGUCUCUCGGCGUAGAGCCCGUGGACCCUUCGAUCAUGAACCGACCUCCGCGACCUAAGAGUGCCAGAGUACUCACAAAGCCCCUCAUCCAGCGGGUUCUCAUGUCAGCCUUGAUGAUCAUGCUCGGCACUCUAGCUAUAUACAUCUACGAAAUGGGUGAUGAUGAUGAUGUGCACACGGGAAAGCGAUCCCGAAUAGUGACAGCCCACGACACCACCAUGACUUUUACGUGUUUCGUCUUGUUCGACAUGUUCAACGCGUUGACAUGCCGCAGCGAGAGUAAAUCCGUGCUCCGCGGCGAGAUCCGUGUCUUCGGAAACAAGAUGUUCAAUUAUGCCGUUCUUGGCUCUCUGGCCGGCCAGGCGUGUGUCAUCUAUCUCCCGUUCCUGCAGCGGGUGUUCCAGACGGAGCCAUUGAACCUGGCGCAUUUAUUCAAGCUUGUGUGCAUUUCUAGCACUGUCUUUUGGGUUGACGAGGGGCGGAAAUACUAUCAAAUGCUGCAGCGGCGGCGUGCAGUGGGUGUUGGAUAUAGUGUGAAUGUGUAG